UAACGUACUAGUAUUUGUGAAUUUGCUGCCAAAGCCCGCGUGACAUGUCCUUAAGAAGCCGUAGAGCCCAAGUCUUUAGACCCUUUCUUCAUUAGUACUGCCGCUGUUGCAUAAUUGAUUCCUUCUCCAUAUCUCAAACCUCCAUCCUUUAUGCUACUCUUUCACAAUCCACAGAAAAAUACCUUACUUUGUUUUUCCUCUGCAUAGACGGAAUUUUUAUUGGAAAUAAUCGGCUGGUAAUACUGUCUACAUGGCCGCUGCUUAUGCGGCGAGUUGCCGUCGAACCUUCUUAUCCGGGGCCCGUUUUCUCGCUCUGAAUCGGGUUGGGUCCAGACCGUACUCCGAUAUCGUUCAAUCCAACGGCAAGCGUCUCUUCCUAGUGGACACUCUGGCCCUCGUGAGGAGGUUAGAGGCGCAGGGUGUGCCGUCGAAGCAGGCAGAGGGGAUAACGGGGGCUUUGAUUGAAGUCCUUAAUGACAGCUUAGAAAAUGUUUCGCAUUCAUUUGUUUCCAAAACUGAAAUGCAGAAAAAUGAAAUGACACAGGACUCCAAUCUGUCCAAAUUCAAGACCGAAGUUAAAAGUUCUCAGGAUCACCAUUUUUCUUUGCUACAACACGAGACGGAAAAACUCAAAAACGAUUUAGAGAAGAUGCGCAGUGAGUUGAGGUAUGAAAUUGACCGUGCCACGGCUGGACAGCGGUUGGAUCUUAAUCUUGAAAAGGGGAGAAUUCGGGAUGAAUUGAACGAGCAAAAUCAGGAGACCACAAAUCUCACUAACAAACUCAACCGGGAAAUUCACGAAUUGCGGGCACAAUUAGAAGCAGCUAAAUACGAAGUCAUCAAAUACUGCAUUGGUACACUUGUCUCCAUUUCUGCUGUUGGUCUGGCUGCUAUCCGCAUUUUUUUGUAAAGCUAAAACCAGGUUUCAGGCUCAUAUUUUUUUUUUUGGGUCUUAAGAAUUCUUCACCACUAGAAAAAAAGGGAAGUUAAGAGUGUGCCAAGGUUUUGGUAAUGAUUUGAUGAUCCAAAUUGAGAAAUUUGAUGUUACGAUACUGACAAUGGUGCCCGAAUUUACUGGGCAUCGUAAUUGUGUAUGUAUUAUACGCAUACUUUUGACACCUACAUUUCGCAUUUAUUGUCUUGUCUA